UCUCCCAUAGAGAAUUUCCAAAGCAUUUAAAUAAGCAAGGUGGGAAAGAGAGUAAGAAAGAUGGAAACUUUGUAGUUUUUGCCUCUGGCUUCUUCAGGGGGGUUGGGUUCAGUUCUCUUCUCAAGCCAGACAAAACAAAAACAAAAACAAAAGCCAAAAAAAAAAAAAAAGUCUUCUUUUUCACACUCACCACCAAAAUCAUGGAUCAUCAGUUUGUUUAGGGUUUCUGAAACUUACACGCUCUGUGUUUGUUGUUUUUUUCUUCCUUUUCAACUCUUACUCUUGUCCCUGCCUCUGGGUUUCUGUUCUUUUUUUCUUAACAAUUUCCCCAACUUCAACUUCUCAUGAUUCCUUCUCGGAUGUUGGCUGCUCUGUUCUUCUGUGGGAUGUUUGAUUAUUUUUUCAGCUAAGCUCUUUUGUUUUUGGGGAUCUUUCUUUAUCGUUCGUUCUGCUGUUGUAAAUUCUGUUUUUAUUUUCUUGUUCUCUGUGGGGUUUGCAAAUGGAAGAGGUGGAGGAAGCUAACAGAGUAGCUUUAGAGAGCUGCCAUGGAGUUCUGAAUCUCUUGGCUCAACCUGCAGACCAAAUUCAGUUGAGGAAUUUAAUGGUGGAAACUGGGGAAGCUGUUUUCAAGUUCAGGAAAGUGGUUUCUCUUUUGAAUUCUGGUUUGGGUCAUGCUAGAGUCAGAAAACUCAACAAGAUUUCUCUCCCUUUGCCCCAAAACACCCUCUUGGAUUACCCAAUUCACCAUCUUCCAACCCAAAAUCAAAAUCUCCACCCUUCUCAGUCUGGUUUGAAUGGUAAAGUUUCAACUUUUCUGGGAAUCCCAGAUUUAGAAUUGGGUCCAAAUGACAAGAACUUCCUCCAAAUUCCCAGACAAGCUCCAUCUUUCUUCCCUCAACACCAACAACAACAGAGGAUUUUGCCUCAGCAGAAACAGAUUAAACAGCAAUCAGAAAUGAUGUUUCUUAGGAACAACAACAGCGGCAUGAAUCUGAAUUUUGACACAUCUAACUGCACAUUGACAAUGUCAUCAGCUAGAUCUUUCAUUUCUUCGUUGAGUAUGGACGGGAGCGUGGCGGACGGAAGCUCAUUCCACUUGAUCGGACCGUCGACGUCGGCCGAUAACAAGAGGAAGUUUUCAGGAAGGGGAGGAGAUGAGGGGAGCUUGAAAUGUGGAAGCACUGGCAAAUGCCACUGCUCAAAAAAGAGGAAACAUAGGGUGAAAAGAUCAAUCAAAGUGCCUGCUAUAAGUAACAAGCUUGCAGAUAUCCCUUCUGAUGAUUAUUCAUGGAGGAAAUAUGGGCAGAAGCCAAUUAAGGGCUCUCCUCAUCCCCGGGGUUACUACAAAUGCAGCAGCAUGAGAGGGUGUCCAGCGAGAAAGCACGUCGAACGGUGCUUAGAAGACCCGUCGAUGCUUAUCGUAACAUACGAAGGAGAACACAAUCACCCGAAAAUGUCGACUCAAUCUGCACACCCUUAGCCUAGAGCCUCAAAUUAACCACCCAGUUUGGGAUUGGUGUUGGCGCUUCUGUACAUAUUUUUGGGGCUCAACAUUUGAACCAAACUUUUGAGUUUGGAGAGUUUCCUUCCAAAAUCAAGCAGGAAGUUAUUUAAUCCAACACUGCAACUCACAUUUCUCUGUAGAAUAGCAUUUUGUAGAACUGUAACAUCUUCUUCUUCUUCUUCAUUUUCUUAAUCUGGUGAGAUUGUGUUGAGGAAUGAAAACCUUUGUUCUAAUGCAGGUUCUGCCUCUGAUUAUUGGAUGUAAAGAUUUCAUUUUGAGAAAGUUGGACUUAAUUGGGGAAAUUUCCUAUUUAAAUUCUUGAAUGGCUCUUCAAUGA